AUGCCGUUCUAGAUGGCGGUCUCGCUGCGGCAGGAGCUCGCACAUCAUGCCUCAAGUCUCCCACAAGGACACAUGAAAGCCCCUGGAAACUCCAGAAAUGUGCAGCAGCCCUUCAUUCCAAAUCCACGGGCCAAGCCAUUCAACCCUAGUUACCAUGGCAACCAGCAGGACCACACAGCAGUGGGCGACCACUUCAGCAGGCCAGCAUCUCAUCACCAUGGCAACAAUAACUACCAGGUAACUCAGCAGCACAACCACAUCCCCUCCAAUGACCCCUUCUCCCCUCCCCUCGACACCCCUUCCUUUUCCCAGUUUCCCAGCCCGCCCCAACCUCGUGAGUCAGACCCUGUCUCCCUCUACUCCCCGUGGUCGACCCAACAAGAUGAGCCCGUGGUUGCCCAGGCAACUCCUGCGGACAUCCUGUCAUCUCCGCUGUGGGGAACUGACCUGAACAGUUCGCAGGACAAGAGAGCUCUGGAUGACCUUGUGUCAAAGAUCAUUGAUGAUGAUGUACCGGUCAGCAGUGGCCAGCCUCAGAAUGGAGACACAGAUGUGUUUGGGAGUAACUCCACCUUCGGCUUGGAGGGGAACAAGUUUAACUUCCAGUCCAUCUGGUCGUCUGGUGGGGAUGAGCUGCUCUCUGGACCCAAACCUCCUCCUCCGCAACAACAACAAAUUCUACAACAACAACAACCUCGCAGACCUUUCCGUCGAACCCCUGGGAAUAGUCCCAUGUGGCCAAAACGCGACAUCUUCUCCCAGCCCCCUCCCGUACAGCACCCUCCAGUGCCACCCCCCUCCAAGCCAUACGAACAGAACCUCCCGAUGAUGAGCAGCAAGCCCCCAUUUCCCAGCCCACCCCGUGGAUCCAACCGGCCCCAAAACUUCCGAAACAACGAUGACCCAUUUGGUAACAUCGAGCAGUGGCGAAAUUCAGCGAAGCAAGAGCAACUGGAGUCGCCGAAACGUCCGGAAGGCACCCAGCGUUUUCGUCAUCAGUCAGAGGAGUACCAACCACAGGGCAACUUCCGUGAGCGGCACAGUUCCGGAAGUUCUAACUUCAGCAUUGGUGAGUGGAAUGCAGACGAAGUGAAUCUCGGACAGGGAGAUGGAAACUUCUUCCAGCAGCAAAACAGUCGUCAGGAUCAAGGCUACCGAAAGUACAGCAAUUCCUCAGCCAGUGACUCUGGCUGGGGAGGUCAGAGGGGAGGUCGUUGGGGUCAGAGGUCAGAGUAUCAAAGGUCAGAUGGAACAAGAGGGGGUGCGGAAUCCAUGCCCAGAAAUGCAUCGCAGGACGAGCUUGCAAACCAGAGUGGUUUCCGCCCCUUCCAGCCAGCCCUGCUUGAGAAGACACCCGGCUUCCGCAAGCAACAGCAGUUUGGCACACGAUACCAAGGCCGCGGUCGAGAGUUCCCUCCAACUGGAUCCAUGGCUGACAGCCGUUCAACCUGGCAGGGGAACGAGGGGAAUCAGGUCCCAUCCAUGCCUGGACCUCAGGCUAACGAUCAAGCACAGUAUUCAGAGUGGGCUCGCAACAGUAAGACCACUUCAGUACCCUGGAAUGGGAAGUCGCACAGUAGCACCAGCUCGGAGGAGCAGAGUCCCCACGGCUUUUAUGACAAACAACAACAGCCGGGGUUUCCUCCAAACAAGCCUUUCCCCCCUUCCAGCCAAAGCUCUGAUGCUGGAUGGAUGGGCAACGGAAACUUCCAGCCGCCGCCUCCAUUUCCAUCCGAGUUUGGGGCCCCAAAGAGUGACGCUUCACAGCAGCAGUCACCAACAACACCCCAGCACUCACCCCCAAGGGAUUUCACCGGCAAAUCUAACUACCAACAAGACAGCCCAAACUACCCGCACCCAGGAAACAGGUUCAGUUUCCAUGGUGAAAACCGGCCUCCCAUGCCUCCUCGAAGUUUCCAAGGAGAUGCUAUGCCACCCACCUCCGCUGGGUACCAGCCGGGCGGUUCUAUAGAUAAGUGGCAGCCCCCGUCAUCUGGCAAUCACCAAGGCAACAACCCUGGGAGCAGCAGGCCACCCUCAGCAGCUGGACAUUACCACGGUAACAGCUCGGGGAAUAACCGACCGCCACCCGCAGGAUCGUACCAGGGGCCUGGGGCAAAAAGGGAGCCUCCGUUUGGGUUCCGUCCUCACGGAGAAACAACCCCACAGGGACAGCAGGACGGGCCGAUCGGCCCCCCUCCCCCUCGUGGUAAAUUCCCCCGUAACCGUAACUACGAAGAGAUGAUGGCUGAACAGUUCGGGCAGGCUCCCCCAUUUCCGCCACCAUUCGCUCACACCGACAAGCGCCACAACCAUCACACAACCAUGCCCCCUCCUCCUCCUCCUCCCCACGGACCAAAUGGGAUGCCCCCCUUGUCGCCCCUCUCAGGGGAGGCUUUUGAAUCGUACCCCCCAGACUUCUACCCCCCAGGACCAUUCCCCCCGCCUUUCUAUGCUCCGGAAAUGAUGUUCGACUUCCCUCCCCCCCAUCCGUUCUACGGUUACCCACCUCCGUAUGGUAUGUACCGUAUGGGUGGGCGGCGUAGCGGCCCCUCCAAUGAGCUGCACGUCCGACUAGAGGAAUGCUACGACCAGUUCCGAAACCUGGAGAAGGAAAGGAAGAAGACUGAGGCAGAUCUGGCUAGGCUGUAUCCUGGGAAGAAGAUCAGUAGCAACAACAGCCUGCCGAUUCCCCGGCUGCCAUCCAACCCAUCCCGCGUUGACCGCUUGGUGGUCGACCAACUGCGGGAGCACAGCAGGGUUGUGACUCUUGUGAACAGGAUCGAGGGUCUGGUGACGGAGCCGCUGCACUCGAACCUGAUCAGCACGCUGGAGCGAUUCCUGGAGGGGGUUCGGAAGGUGCAGGCACGGCGCCGGGAGGAGGUGGUCAACGCCACCAACCGCCAGCGGCAAGGCGGACCUCGUCAUCAGGACGACAGAGAUGUGCUGGCACUAGCUGUCAGUAUCCACGAGCUCACCCUCCAUACGCGCAGGGCUCGCACCGCGCUGUGGUGUGCUUUGCAGAUGGCGCGAGCCACCCAGCCCGAACCUCCCCCCAUCAGCCAACCAGAGCCCAGCACUCCAGCCGACAGCCAAUCAGAGCAGAGUGUGCCAGGUGGGAGUGCGCCAACAGGUGUCAGUGAGAGUAGGCCAUAAUGUUGGUUGUUUAUGGUUGCUAUGGUUACGUAGUGUAUUUGAAGAUGGCAAAUGUGCCAGAUCAUGAAAUAUUGAGAAAUGAAAGGAAAGUCAACUUUGCAGAUGGCAAAGCGUCAAGCAGGGUAGCACGUGGCUGCCGAGGAGCAUCAUAUCAAGAAUAUACGUCUCAAGAAAGGAGGAAGACUGGAGUGACUACCCAAGUCUACGUCGAUGUGUUACAGGAAGUAGUCGAGUUUGUAGCAAUAGAAGCAGAAUAUAUCCAGAGCUCCUGUAUGUGCUCUGGACUAGAAGGAAGCAGCAAAAGAUGUUUGUACUGAUGGAUAUUAUUAAUCGUGCCACACAUUUCUAUUUGUGCUCACAAGAAUCUACGGAGUUUAUUAUGAGAUGCGCCAGAAGAGAAUAGGAACCAAAAUUUCCUUGGGACCACUAAUUAUAUUCACAGGACUUGUAACACGCAGUGUUAGUAAACGUGAACUGCCCACAACUUCUUCUCAAGGGGUUAGGAACACAACUAUUCAGAUAUAGAUUAUAGAUUAAGUCCAUGAUGUUAACAUUAACAAGCAGCCAGCAGUUGGCUCACAGUAUAGUUAACUAGCUAGAUUGUUAAACUUUAGCUGCAUGCUUGCAGGAGUAGGAAAAGUUCGUCCCAACUUGCCGUUAAUACUAUAGUAGAAAUCUUAAUCAGGAGGGAGGCAGAACCAGCUUGGCACUGUUGUCCCUUUAGAAGCUACUGCUGUUGGGUAGCCUACAAACUUUUCUAGCAGUACAUUCAAUGGACUUUUUUUUGAGUCCAUGUUGUUCAGUCUUAGAUAAGCAAUGCAGAUAUCGUGCAGGGUUCCUGGGGCUGCAAGUAGCUGGCCAAAAGAUGUAUUUUGGUCGAGAUGUUGAUUUUAUAUGGCAAGCAGGGUUGUUGUAGCAGAUGUAUGUGACAUUAAGAGUGUUGUAUUUUCCUAUCUCACUGCUCAGAAGCCAAAUACCAAGAGCAUAGAAUGUGUUAUUUUUUAUGCAACGAGCAUACGUGCAUUAUGGUGUACUUAUAUGAAAUCUAAACCGUGUCAAAGACGUUCUGAGGGCGGCUGCCCUGUCUUUGGUUGUGUGAAAACAACCUUUGAAAGGUUUAAAUUUGAAGCAUUGUCUGCAAGGCAUGCAAAUACAGAAACAGGCUAUCCUAUGGGGAACAGCAACUCUGAUUGUACCGUAGUAGCCAAAAUGAGAACACAAAGUAACAAAAGUCUUGCCUUAUAUCGCCACAUGACUGUAGAAUUUCAUAAGCUUAACAGGUAUUUACAGUACUAAGAGAUUGAAUCUCUGCAAUUGAGGUCUUUGGGCCUCAGUGAAAUCCAACGGUUUACUUGAGAAUUGGACUGUUGUAGUGAAAAGAAAAUAAGGAAAUGUUGUCUUGUCUGGUACGGGAAUGAAAGUUGUCUCUGCAGCAAUACAAGGAAAUAAUUACAAAGCUGAAGCAACUACUGGUGUAAAAUGUUGACUCUGAAAUGUUUAUAUAUAUAUUAUCUAUAUCUAUAACUAAUGCAAUAUGAACUGGAUUCAGUGGAUUUAUUUAUUUUGAUUGAACAGGUACCUGAUUUUGUGUUAAAAAGAGGUAGUCUUUUGUUGACCAUGUUGUAGACUUGUAUUCCUAUCAUGAGAUUUAUGGAAGCCAUUCUGUCAUAGAUGAAACUGUAUCUUAUACCUCACUGUAUAAUAUCAUGUCUGAAUGGAAAAUGAGCUUUGCUUCCCCACCCACGAACACUGCCCCCUAGUGACUACAUUAUAGACUGCAGCCAGCUGAGCUGGAAUUCUGUAUUUUACGGCAGGUCUUCAUUUUGUAGUGAAAACUUUCAAACCAUGGCUGUCAUAUCUAUUCAAAAGGUAGUCCUUAAAACGACUUGUGGAAAUUGGGAUCUGAAGAAGGUCCUGGAAGAGAUUGACUUUGAGGGAAAAAAUUAACAGGUGGUUAUUACAUUUUGUUUAUUCA